AUGGCUUCGCCAUUCCCAACAACCCCCACGAGUGCCUCAUGGUAUGCGCAACCUCCCCUCUGCCCCACAUCACAAUCCUUUGCCCUGCCAGAUGCCUCUGAUCCGCCAGAUGCCUCUGAUCCGCCAGAUGCCUCUGAUCCGCCAGAUGCCUCUGAUCCGCCAGAUGCCUCUGAUCCGCCAGAUGCCUCUGAUCCGCCAGAUGCCUCUGAUCCGCCAGAUGCCUCUGAUCCGCCAGAUGCCUCUGAUCCGCCAGAUGCCUCUGAUCCGCCAGAUGCCUCUGAUCCGCCAGAUGCCUCUGAUCCGCCAGAUGCCUCUGAUCCGCCAGAUGCCUCUGAUCCGCCAGAUGCCUCUGAUCCGCCAGAUGCCUCUGAUCCGCCAGAUGCCUCUGAUCCGCCAGAUGCCUCUGAUCCGCCAGAUGCCUCUGAUCCGCCAGAUGCCUCUGAUCCGCCAGAUGCCUCUGAUCCGCCAGAUGCCUCUGAUCCGCCAGAUGCCUCUGAUCCGCCAGAUGCCUCUGAUCCGCCAGAUGCCUCUGAUCCGCCAGAUGCCUCUGAUCCGCCAGAUGCCUCUGAUCCGCCAGAUGCCUCUGAUCCGCCAGAUGCCUCUGAUCCGCCAGAUGCCUCUGAUCCGCCAGAUGCCUCUGAUCCGCCAGAUGCCUCUGAUCCGCCAGAUGCCUCUGAUCCGCCAGAUGCCUCUGAUCCGCCAGAUGCCUCUGAUCCGCCAGAUGCCUCUGAUCCGCCAGAUGCCUCUGAUCCGCCAGAUGCCUCUGAUCCGCCAGAUGCCUCUGAUCCGCCAGAUGCCUCUGAUCCGCCAGAUGCCUCUGAUCCGCCAGAUGCCUCUGAUCCGCCAGAUGCCUCUGAUCCGCCAGAUGCCUCUGAUCCGCCAGAUGCCUCUGAUCCGCCAGAUGCCUCUGAUCCGCCAGAUGCCUCCGCCCCCACGUCUCCCCUGCUCCUCUGCUGCACUGUCCGCACGCCCUGCAUUCUGCCUUCCUUUGAGGCGCCUCAAAAAUGCUGCACUAUCCGCACGUCCUGCAUUCUGCCGUCCACUCUCCUCCUCUCUUCGCCUGCCUUUUCACCUCCUUUUCCUGACCUCUCUCUACAAUGGAUCAUUCCGCGUUCUUCCAAGUGUCCCAACUAUGCUCGCCAGUAUGCUGGUGCUUCAUCUGCCAGCAGUAGAAAGGAGCAGGGGCAAGGGGAGAAGCAGGGGCAGGAGGAAAAGUUAGGGCAGGAUGAAAAGCAGGAGCAGGAGGAAAAGCCAGGGCAGGAUGAGAAUCAGGGCCAGCAGGUGCUGCAACAGAAGCAAGAGCAGCAUGGAGAGCAGAAUGAGGAGGAUGGUGAGGAGGAGAAGGAGUCUGAGCAUGGGGAUGUGUUUCCCUCUGGCAUGAUGGCAGCACUGCGAGUGCUCUCACUCACCGAAUCCCAGGUGGAUGCUGCCACCUCAGCACUCCUGGAGCGCAAGGCAGCAGCAGGGGCGGGGCCUCUAAGCCCUGCAGACGCGGGGGAAGCAGUGAGGGAGGCAGCAGAGGGAGAUGCGCAGGCGCUGCUGCUGCUGCAACAACUGCUACAGCAACGGCAUGACAGCAUGGUGCAGGGCACGGGGACUGCUGAAGAUGACACUGCAUGGCUCAAUGCUCAUGCGGGCGUAGAUGAGCAUGAUAAGAGUAUGUGGCAUAAAACUCUCUGUGUGGUCUAUCGCCUGGGUCAGAAGCUACUGGCUCAAGAGCUGCUCACACGAGUUGGCCCGUGCAUUCAAGGUAGUAAAUAG